UUUUAUAGUGGAAUAUCAGACAAGGAGAAUCUUUUUUACAUUUUCUAGCCAAUCCUCAUCCAUCCUAUUUUAAAGUAAAUUCAGUAGCCAAAACUUAAAGGGUCUUCCAAAAUCUGUUCAACAAUCAUCUCAAAUGGGAGCUGUAACCCAAAAUUCUCUGCACAGUGAGUAUGCAAUGUUGCUCAUUUUACUGUUCUAUUCAUUUUCUGUUUUUGUUAAUGGUUAUAAUGCUCAGUUAACCUCACAUUCAAAUCAUAGACCACACCAUCAUUUUCUCUUCACCGAAGCAAAAUCUAAAGUCUUGCCUAAUCCAUCUGAUUACUUUUCUAGCCAACUUCUUUCCACCCCUUUGCCCACUAAUUCAUUUUUCCAAAAUUUUGUACUCAAGAAUGGUGACACGCCUGAGUACAUUCAACCUUAUCUAAUUCGCUCUGCUAACUCCUCUGUUUCUAUUUGUUACCCAUCUCAGAACAUAACCUCUGCUUUAAUAGAACAGAUUUUUCGCCCGGAUUUGACUAUAUCCGCUUUCAAGAAUCCUAAUCCAACGCAGCACCACAUAAUCUCAUCAUAUAGUGAUCUCAGUGUUACUUUAGACUUACCAUCAAGUAAACUUAGAUUCUUUCUGGUCAGAGGUAGUCCUUAUAUAACCUUUGCCGUUAGUGGAAACACUUCCAUUUCAAUCUCAAGCGUUCAUCCCAUUCGCAAACUCUCUUGUCAUAGUUCUUUCACUAAGUACACAAUUAGACUCCGCAAUCGUCAAACAUGGAUCCUAUAUGCAUCUUCUCCUAUACAUUUGACUCACAAUGUAUCCUCUAUUUUUUCUGGUGGAUUCUCGGGUGUUAUACGGAUUGCUCUCUUGGCUAAUUCUGAUCGCCAAUGUGAGAAAAUUCUUGAUCAGUACAGCUCGGCUUAUCCUGUGUCUGGAAGUGCAACUUUGAGAUCUUUUGGUCUUAGUUACAAAUGGGAUGUGAAAGGUAAAGGCAAGCUGAUUAUGCUUGCCCAUCCUCUUCAUCGUCGACUUCUUUCAACAGCAGAUUCUUCAGCAGCUCAUGUUCUAGAGGAUUUCAAGUAUAGAAGCAUGGAUGGUGAACUUGUCGGUGUUGUUGGAGAUUCGUGGGAGCUUGAAACAAAUUCAAUUCCAAUAUCAUGGCAUUCGGUUAAAGGUUUGAAUAAAAAAUCAAUCCCUCAAAUUAUUCGUGCACUUGGUAAAGAUGUUAAGACUUUGAAUGCAUCAAACGUAUCUACUACAUCGUCGUACUUUUAUGGGAAAUUAGUUGCUAGAGCAGCAAGAUUGGCAUUGAUUGCAGAAGAGGUUUCUUAUCCUAAGAUAACGCCGGUUGUUGUUCAAUACUUGAAGGAUACAAUAGAGCCUUGGUUAAAUGGAACAUUUGGUGCCAAUGGUUUCUUGUAUGACAGGAAAUGGGGUGGCCUUGUGACUAAACAAGGGCUAAAUGACACAACCGCAGAUUUUGGUUUUGGAAUUUACAAUGACCAUCAUUUUCAUUUGGGAUACUUUGUGUAUGGUAUUUCUGUGCUUACUAAAUUUGAUCCUGCUUGGGGAAAGCAGUACAAAAAGCAAGCCUAUGGUUUAGUUGAAAAUUACACGAACUUGGGACUGAAGGAGAACCGGCAUUAUACUCGUGUUAGGUGUUUUGACUUCUGGAAGUUACAUUCUUGGGCUGCAGGGUUGAAUGAAUUUCCAUUUGGGAGAAAUCAAGAAAGUACAAGUGAAGCUAUUAACGCGUAUUAUUCAGCAGCAUUGAUGGGAUUCGCGUAUGGAGAUACAGACCUUGUUUCCAUCGGAUCAACUCUUACUGCCUUUGAAAUUCUAUCAGCACAGACUUGGUGGCAUGUAAAAGGAGACAACAAAAUCUAUGCACCAAGUUUUGUCAAGAAAAAUAAGGUGGUUGGUAUUUUAUGGUCUAGAAAAAGAGAUAGUAAUCUUUGGUUUGCUCCAGCUGAGAGGAAAGACAUAAGGCUGGGGAUUCAAGUUCUACCAUUAUUACCAAUCACUGAGGUUGUGUUUUCUGAUGUGGAUUAUGUGAAAGAGCUUGUUAAAUGGGCACUCACUAGUGUACCUAAAAAUAGAACUGAGGAAGGUUGGAAAGGAUUUGUUUAUGCCUUGGAAGCUAUUUAUAGAAAGAAGCAAGCUCUAAAGAAAGUGAGGGACCUGAGCAAUCAUGAUGAUGGAAAUUCACUCUCAAAUCUCUUGUGGUGGAUUCAUAGCAGAAAAUGAUGAGCAUUUAAUUUGAGAGGUUUGCUAAUUAUGCUUUUUAGAUUGUUAUUCUUGAAGUGUUGAUCAAUUCCAUUUGUCUGAGGAAACUUCAAUAAAUUUGGCAUGAGUAACACAGUGAGAAUAACAAUGUGUUUAUUAUUGACCAAUGUCACCAUGCUCAUGCUUUUUACAAAUAUGCAUCAUGAUUAAUAGAGUUUCUAAUUAGAAUUUUCUUGCUGCUA